AUGAUCACGACUAUUCUUCUGUCCAUUAUCUGCAUCACACCACUACAGACAAAGGUGCAAAAUAUAACUGUUCAAAUUGGAGAAGUCACAUGCGGUAACUCUGACUAUUCUGAUGAACUGGCACUGCAAGUUUGGGAAAAAGAUAUCCUGCACGACGACAUGUUAGGCGAAAUGUACUUCAACGUGUCGUAUCCACCUCAAAACAUCUCGAUAUUCGCCACGCAAGAUGAAUUCCUCACACUGUCACCCUAUCUUAUUCUUCAGCAUUCAUGCCCUGGGACGUGUGUUCGUUCUCGGCUGAACAUCCCAAGUGACUACGUCGGUGGAAUAUUCAAGACUUCGCGCGUCGAUCUGAACUCGACAUUCGACGAGACGAAGCCAUGCUAA